AAGUUCAAUGCGGCGCUAACAUUUAGGGGUAAUUUUGGACGUUUCGCGUAAAAGAUAGAAAGCCACAGAAUUAUACAGAAGCUGUAUCCUUCCUGGCCCACCAUCACCGCUACUCUCUGCAAAUAUUUUUGUUUCUCAACUCACCUAUUCACUCUCACUGAGUUCACCAAACCCAACAGAAAGGCCAUAAGAAUCAUCGAACAAAUUCCAAAUGAACUACAAAAACUCAAACACAAAACAAAACAGCCGAGUUUAAGACCGAGUUAGUAUAGAAUCGGCAAAAAGUUGCACCACUCGGCAGCGGAAGAAGAUAGAAGAAAUGGAGGAGGAGAAGAAGAAGCAGGAGGAGGGUAUAACGGUAAUAAACUCAAGACAAGUGUACCCGACCAACAUGUUUUACGCAAUUCUGUCACUGGCUAUGUGGAUUGGUUCCAUCCAUUUCAUCAUCUACUUGCUCCUCUUCUCAUUCCUCUUCCUCUCCUUCCCCAAUUUCCUUGCGGUUGUUGGAUUGCUGGUGGUGUUAAUGCUCAUUCCGAUCAACCAAAACAGCCCAUUAGGCCGCCGUAUCUGCAGGUACGUAUGCAGACAUUCUUGCAGUCAUUUUCCUAUCACUCUCCAUGUCGAGGACAUGUCCGCUUUUCUUCCUCAUCGCGCUUAUGUUUUUGGUUAUGAGCCACAUUCUGUUUUUCCUCUCGGGGUUUGCAUACUUUCAGACCAUUUGGGUUUCAUGCCUCUCCCUAAAAUUAAAGUGUUAGCAAGUAGCGCUGUAUUCUACACACCAUUUUUAAGACAUAUCUGGACAUGGUGUGGUCUUACACCAGCAACAAAGAAAAAUUUCACUUCCCUCCUGGCAUCUGGUUAUAGUUGCAUUCUCAUUCCUGGUGGAGUCCAAGAGACAUUUAAUAUGAGGCAGGGCUCUGAGAUUGCUUUCCUUAAUACAAGACGAGGAUUUAUUAAAUUAGCUAUAGAGAUGGGGAAACCCUUGGUUCCAGUUUUCUCCUUCGGUCAGUCAAACAUCUACAAGUGGUGGAAACCUAAUGGGAAGUUCUUCAUGAAGCUUGCUAGAGCUGUUAAGUUCACCCCAAUUGUGUUUUGGGGAGUUUUCGGAUCUCCUUUACCUUUUGCGCAUCCAGUGCAUGUUGUUGUUGGUAGACCAAUUGAGGUGAAGCAAAAUCCGCAGCCUACCAUGGAAGAGGUAGGGGAAGUGCACAGUCAAUUCGUUGCAGCACUUAAAGAUCUCUUCGAAAGGCAUAAAGCAAGAGUUGGCCAUUCAGACCUUACACUGGAGAUUAUGUAAAACUUUAUUUAAUUUAGUUGUAAUCUUUCCCAUUUCAUUUUUUUUAACGUUACAAAUAUGAAUAGGGUAAUAAAAUGUGAAAAAUAGUCAAUAAGCCCGCCGUUAGUGGCGCUGUUGUUAGGAGUCUGGUAGAAACAGGAUAUGCAUGUAUGGGAGCGAGAGCAAAAUAAAUUCAUUCAAUCAAUCAAUCAAUCGGUUCGAUUUGAUUUAA